AUUCAUUCCUUCUUCCUCAUUUUCAACAUGGCGAUCGGCGUGGCGCUAGUUUUUUGUGGCCUUUUGGCCAUUCUUUCCACAGUUCAGGGAGGUGGGAAGACUUUAGUUCUGCUUGAUUCUAUGGCCACAAAGGAAACCCAUUCUAUCUUCUUCAGGUCGCUGCAAGAUCGCGGGUUUGACUUAACAUUUAAAACAGCAGAUGAUCCUGGUCUAAAACUGGCAAAUUAUGGAGAGUAUAUUUAUCAACAUUUAGUACUGUUCUGCCCGUCGGUUGAAGAGUUUGGAGGUCAAAUUGCAGAAGGAUCCAUAACAGAGUUUAUUGAUGGAGGUGGAAAUGUUUUAGUUGCUGCAAACUCAGACAUAGGGGAGCCAAUCAGAGAGCUUGGUACAGAGUGUGGGGUUGAAUUUGAUGAGGAAGGAACACAAGUUAUUGAUCACCUUAACUACGAUGUCAGCGAUGAUGGAUUGCAUACUCUUCUUGUAGCUGAUCCGUCAAACCUGAUUGAAGCACAAACCAUGGUCGGUGCCAAGAGCUCGUUGCCAAUUCUCUUCAAUGGAGUUGGUAUGACUGCUGAUACUGAGAACCCAUUGGUGCUAGAUGUGCUACAUGGAUCCUCUUCAGCCUACUCUCAUAACCCAACCAAGGAGGUGACAGACUACCCUCAUGCUGUGGGUACAAACACCCUCCUUGUAGCUGCUCUUCAGGCACGUAACAAUGCAAGAGUUGUCUUCAGUGGCUCCUUGGACAUGUUCAGUGAUAAGUUCUUUCAGGCAGCUGUUCAGAAGGCGUCUCCAGGAUCCCAAAAGUCUAAGUCAUCAGGCAACCAAGAUUUGGCCAUCAGUCUUUCUCAAUGGGUAUUCAAGGAAGAAGGAGUUAUCCGAGUACAACGUGUUUCUCAUCACCUUGUCAAUGGCAAGCAGACACCAACUGCUUACACAGUAGAAGACCAAGUGGAAUACAACAUUUGGAUUGACAUCCUUGUCAAUGGUAAAUGGGAGCCUUUUUCCACCAAGGAUGUUCAGCUAGAGUUUGUACGCAUUGACCCCUUCGUCAGAACCAGACUGUCCAGCAAAAAUGGCAAGUUUUCAACUCAGUUCAAGCUGCCUGAUGUGUAUGGUGUAUUUCAGUUCAAAGUAGACUACAACCGCAUUGGCUACACACACUUGUACAGCACAACUCAGGUGUCUGUCCGCCCAUGGGAACAUACUCAAUUUGAGCGAUUCAUACCCUCUGCAUUUCCAUAUUAUGCCAGCAGUUUCUCAAUGAUGUUUGGUCUCUUCAUCUUUAGUCUGGUCUUUCUACAUCACAAAGAUGAAGUCAAAUCAAAGAAAGAGUAAUUUUUGUCUCAAUCUAUUUUUUCCUGUCAUCUUUUGUUUGCCAUUUGAUUAACAGUUGUCAAGGGACGUUUCAAGCACGUUGUCUUUUACAAGUCAUGUUAAGGUACAUUGCAGAGUGUUUUCAAGUUAGGAUUUUUUUUUCACAAAACAUGUUUUAGAUUUAUAAUCAACACAGCUUUUUUAAUCAGCAUCCAUUUGGCAUUUCAAAUUUUUAUUAAAACUGACGGUACAUCAGUUUCUGUAAGAGUGCAAUUCACUCAAAGCUCAUUGUUUAUAAUAAGAAACUUUGUACUGUGUCCAAUGGAAAUUUGAACCUACAAGAUUUAUUUACAAUAUAGAUAGAUGCCUAAAACUUGUUAAAGACUAUGUACUAGAUGUUAUUUUCAUAUGUCAUCUUCUGUUUCCUGUCAAACAUGAGAGAUUCCUCAGAGACCUUUCUUUAGUGUAGUUGGUGAAGAUCUGGAAAUGGAGGCUUCUGCUGGAAAGUACUUCCAAGGAAUUGGCCACACCGUACAUUAUUCAGGAAGGUCAGCAUAUAUACUUAUUUUGGACAGGUUUGUUCUUACAAAGUUGUACUAUCCUUCUUAAAUUAGUGUAUUGUUUAUUAGUCCAUCACUAUUUAAAUGUGCAUAUUUUUUGUAAGUUGGUUAAAAUUAUCUCUUCAUGGGCUUUAGUGUUUGAUGAAAAAUAGGAUGACAUUUUCAAGCUCUCUUACCUCACUUAAAAAAGCCCGGAUGUGUACACAAGAGACACAAUAUUUUUGCACAAAGAUAAAAUCAAAUACAUUGUGACAUUGUUUACAUGUAAUUACACAUUUUGUCAGCAACCUAGAAUUUAAGUCUGUGUUAAAUCUAUCAAAAAGAAAACUUUGUUUAAUGGAAGAAGAACAAGGCUAAAUGAUACUGUAGGUAAGGAGCUCAACAAGGAACAAUUUUAUGGAAUAUUUCAUUUAGUUCAACCAUCAUAUUGAUAAGGAGUACAUGUUAAACAACUUUCUUGUCUACUUCUAAAAUCAGGAGAACAGUCUAGUCACUUUUUCUUUGAAAAGAAAAGUAAUCUUACUGGUUAGCUGGCUGUAGCUAAAAGAUCUAUGUGGUUAUUUCACCUAUUGUUCAACUAAAUACAUUUUUGUUGCCCUUUAAUGACCAUUAAUAAAACAAAACAAAGUUGAUGUCAAAUUAAUAAGCAAAUGUGAGGUGCAUCAAUUGGUAUUUUCGUCUCUUAUGUAAAUAUUUCCUGAAUAAAAACCCAGUGUGACUUA